AUGAAUCCCUAUUUCCCUUCAACUCCGGAUGCAGAAAAAUGGUCUGACCCAAAUUACUACACGCGACCACCCCCCGUCGCACCGCCAACUCCGUCCCCGCCCCCGGAAUACAGUGCCUACCGUCCCGAGUUCGGCGCCGGCCUAGCACCGCCUCCGCCUCCACGGCCUUUGCGUCCGGUCCGCUCGGCGACGAAUCUCACUGGCGCUCAUGCACCGCAGCAGUCGGGGUUCUUAGACCCGAGGGGGAAUUAUCAUGUUGAUUUUGUGGUUGACGAGAUCCCAAGUUCAACUUCACUUACUCCAGGACCUGCACCGUCAAAUGAGAUUAGAAGAGUUAAGAGCUCAUCUGCUCUAUCAGCGAAGUUGGACGCUCAAGAUGAUAAACCGAAAGAUUCAUCAAAGUGGAAAGCUGCACUCGGAGAAGCGCAGUAUUUCGCUGGUGGUCUCAUAAGUCACCCCGCAGAGUCCAACAAGCAUUUCAGUAUCAUUCGCCACUCUCACGCUCUCAUCUGGUACAGAGGUCCAGCGACGUCCGUACCUAUCACCAUUCUUUCAGACGAACCUCUUCCCCCCACGAGAACUGUGUGGUUACAGCAGAAGGGGUAUUCAGGAAACAUGGGAAUGACGCUUAAAGCCAUGAUGGGAACGACUGGUACUUGGAUCGACGUCACGCCCGCGACAAAAACAGGAGUUGAGCAUAUCUCUGAAGCAGAAGAACGAGGAAUCCAACGCGAUUUCAAGCGUUUCGUCAAGAAAGCCUCUGGACGAAUGAAGAAGCAUCUCCCGCGAGAAACACACAUCAUUCGUAUCCCAGCCGCAGCAACAGAUGGUUAUUUCCGCCUCGUUCUCUGCUCCAACGCCGACGGCAAAAAGGUCCUCUGCGGCAGUCCCGUAUUCCGCAUCGCCAGCACUUCUACCGACGUUAGUACCGUUCGUGGUUCAAGUCUGAGCACAAUGCCUUUAGAAAUGGGUAUCAAAGUCGCUAGCACGAUCGGCUCACAAGUUGCAAAGAAGUACACCGGUGUAGCAGGGGCAGUCGUCGAGCAAGGCGCGAAGAGACUUACACCGUCGAACGCUACUAUUAAGAAAGUCGCGACGAAAGCGUAUCAUGGAUCAGGGAUUGGAAACGCUGUUAGUGAGAGUUGGAAGAAUGGGAAGGCAGGGCGAUAUGAUCCGUUGAUAUCUGGCGAAGCAAUGGAGCCGUUGACGAUACUUGGGAGUGACGAAGGGCCUGAAGCGCCGUUCCCUUUCAAGUUUGCUGGCAAGGUCGUUCGUGGGACUGGGAUAUCAACUCGCGAGUUGGGUAUUCCAACAGCGAAUUUGAGUGAAGUUGGUGAUGAGGUCAAGAUGAGAAUGGGCGGUGUCUUCGCAGCAUGGGCACGCGUCCUCCCACCCAAAGAAACAGAAGAUUUCGACGACGACUGGCACGAAGCAAUCGUCACAAUCGCACCCCUCCGCAAUGCCCCUCCCGGCGUCGUUCUUCGGAACAAAGUAACAGUGCACAUAAUCCACGACUUCUCCGACACACUCUUCUUCGACCUGCGCAUGAAAGUCAUGCUAAUGGGACAUUUACACCCGGCGUCUUCAAAUCUCAGCAGCGAAGCUUUCUUAGAAGAGCACACGCGCGAUGUUAUGACUACGACAGCGAGUUUAGGGCGGGAGAAUUGGGGACCGGAAGUUUCUGUCUCGGCGGUUAGGGCUGUUAAGAGUGAGAAGGGGUUUAAGGAGAGGUUGGGGGAUGCGACGGGUGUUGUGCAGGGUCAGAUGGAUAGGAUACCGAGACAUUGGGUUGGGGUUAGGAGUGAGGCGGGUGUUUUGAGGGAUCAGGUUUAUGGGAAUGGGGGGUUUGCGAUGGAAGUCAAUGGCUUUGAAGAACUCAAGCUCACGUCUCAAAGCGCAAAGAAGCUGGUCUAG